UAUUCGCUCACUUGUGAGGAAGCUCCGCCCAGGUAUGCUCGCUUCAAAGUGAACGCCCUGUCCCGCUACAAUUACUCGAAACUGCAGAGUUCAUAGCACCGUUUACAGUGCACUAGUUCGGGAUUUAAUAUACGACAGCCGUUUAGGCUACGUGUUGGAAGUAUAAUGCCUUUACGGGUUGUUUUACAAGGUCCUGGACCGUGGGGCUUCCGCCUGGUCGGAGGAAAAGAUUUCGAACAACCUCUGACGAUCUCGAGGGUGACCCCAGGAAGCAAAGCGGCUCAGGCUGACCUUUGUAUGGGGGACAUGAUCCUGGCCAUAGAUGGAGAGUCAACAGAGGGCAUGACUCACCUGGAAGCACAGAAUAAAAUCAAAGCUUGCAUGGAGGAAAUGGUGCUUUCCAUUGACAGAUCAGAGUCGAAAAUGUGGUCCCCGUUGGUCACUGAAGAAGGAAAGACCAAUCCAUACAAGAUGAAUCUGGCAAAUAAAGAAACACAGGAGGUGAAACAUAUAGGCUCUGCUCAUAACAGGAGUGCCAUGCCUUUCAGUUCUGGCAGUCCAAGGUUGGUCACCAACAUGUACAAUAACCCCUCUGGCCUGUAUUCCUCUGAGAACAUUAAGAGUUUCAACAGUGCAGUGGAUGACGUCCAGACUUCUGCUGCUUCCAGUGAAGCCAGUAGGAACCCAGAUCCCUCUAGACCUGGCCAGCCAAAGCCUGUGAUAGCUGCAGAUUCUGAGGUGUACAAAAUGCUGCAGGAGAAUCAAGAAUCCAACGAGCCUCCUCGCCAGUCUGCCUCUUUUAAAGUUCUGCAGGAGAUCCUGGAAACCGGUGAUGCAGAUAAACCCUCAGGCUUUAGAAGUGUCAAGCCCCCCACCACAAAAAUUGGAGCCUCGGUUGGGAAUCCUGACAAGCUCUCUCUUUGUGACAAAUGUGGUUCAGGGAUUGUAGGAAUGAUGGUCAAAGUUCGAGACAAGUUUCGCCAUCCAGAAUGCUACAUCUGCACAGACUGCGGGAUCAAUCUUAAGCAAAAAGGACACUUUUUUGUCGAGGACAAGAUUUACUGCGAGAAACACGCGCGUGAACGCGUCACUCCUCCAGAGGGUUAUGAUGUCGUCACUGUGUUUCCAAAGUAGAAUGUUUCCCACGUUCUACUUUAAAACUGCACAUUCCCUUAUGUGGGGAAUUCCUUUGGAAAUCUGUAACACUUUAUUUGGAUAGUCUUCCAUUGAGGCUGCUUUGUUGCCAGUAUGAAUGUUUGUAAAAACUCUUACAUACUCAGACAGAAGCGCAUAGAUAUAAAUGGACUUUGGCAACAGUAAUCAGGAAAUUGUGAUUAGACAUCACCUGAAUAUGUGAAUAUAGAGUCUAUCCCGAUUAAGUGCUAUUGUUAUGAUACAUUCCAAUGUCUUAGUCAUUCCAUUCAUUUAUCUCAUUGUAUAAACGGCUCAUAUUUUUGGUGCUAGGAUAUCUCAAGACCACUUUCUGGAUUUGCAGAUUUUCAUAAAAAGUUUUUUAUAAACUGAUAAUUGAAAUGUAUGUAAUCAUGGUUGUAUUCCCCACGCACAACAGUAUGUAAAAUCGAUUUCAUGUAUGUAUAUUGUCUUUUGGAUUCUCCAUAUUUUUUUACGAAAAUAACUGUUUCAGCCUUGCUAGAAAAAUAAAAUGUUGCAUAUCCAUUGUGAAA